ACCAUUGGGUAAGAAGAUCAUCGUCCUCCGUCGUCGCUAUUGCUGCAGCAUCGGCUCUGCAGGGACUUCACACAGAGAGAGACUGCUCCUCUCUCAACUUCUUCUUCAUGGCGCAGUUCGCGCUUUCUGCUUCAGCCGCAGCUCUUCCUUUCAAGGCUGGGAUUUCACGGGGCGGGAAGCAAUGGAGCAGCCUAGUUCCCGGUUCUUCCUGGAGGAAAUUCGGGACCCGUUUCUUCUCGGUUCAUAGUCAGAGCUGCCAGAGGAAAGGAUUACGAUUUGUUGCUUCGGGUGCUGUGGGAAAUGGUGGCGGCACUGCGGAGAUAGCAGAGAGUAAUAAGGCACCGAAUAUGUACGCGUGGCUGGAUAAAAAGAAGCCGAGGGUCUGUAUACUCGGUGGUGGGUUCGGGGGUUUGUAUACAGCUCUGAGAUUAGAGUCGCUCGUAUGGCCCGACGACAAGAAGCCUCAGGUGCUUCUUGUGGACCAAUCCGAGCGUUUUGUUUUCAAGCCAAUGCUAUAUGAGCUACUAUCUGGAGAAGUAGAGGCAUGGGAAAUAGCUCCUCGUUUUUCUGAUCUCAUUGCCAAUACUGGCAUUCAGUUUUUCCAAGAUAGAGUGAAGGUCUUAAGUCCUUUGGAUCAUUUGGGAGUAACUGGGCCCACAGGAUCUGGUUCUGGAGGGACUGUGCAACUUGAAAGUGGCCUUAUCAUUGAAUAUGACUGGUUGGUUCUUGCUUUGGGGGCUCAAGCCAAACUGGAUAUAGUCCCUGGCGCUGCAGAAUUUGCAUUGCCCUUCUCCACGUUUGAAGAUGCAUGUAAGGUUGAGAAUAAGUUAAAGAAUCUGGAGAGGCAGAACUUUGGGAAGGAUAACCUAAUUCGUGUGGCUGUUGUGGGGUGUGGUUAUUCGGGUGUUGAAUUAGCUGCGACAAUAUCGGAAAGACUCCAAGAGAAAGGAAAAGUCCAAGCAAUCAAUGUGGAGACAACAAUUUGUCCUACUGCCCCACCUGGAAACAGGGAGGCUGCUAUGAAAGUUCUUUCCUCCAGGAAAGUGGAGCUUCUGCUAGGUUACUUUGUCCGCUGCAUAAGGAGGUCAGAAAGCUUGGUAUCUCCGGUAAAUGAGUUGGAGACAUUCAUAUUGGAACUUCAACCUUCUCAAAGGGGUUUACAGAAUCAAAUCCUUGAGGCAGACAUAGUCUUAUGGACUGUUGGUUCAAAGCCUCCACUUCCUGAAUUGGAGCCUGAUGACAGGCCCUAUGAGCUUCCACUGAAUUCUCGUGGACAAGCAGAAACAGAUGAAAACCUCCGUGUGAAGGGGCAUCCACGGAUUUUUGCAGUAGGAGAUUCUUCGGCUUUAAGGGAUUCAGAUGGAAGGCUUCUUCCAGCGACUGCACAGGUUGCCUUUCAGCAAGCAGACUUUGCUGGUUGGAAUAUUUGGGCUGCAAUCAAUGACCGUCCUCUUCUUCCAUUCAGAUUUCAAAACUUAGGUGAAAUGAUGACACUGGGAAGAAAUGACGCUGCAAUCACCCCGAGUUUCAUCGAGGGGCUAACUUUAGAGGGCCCUGUUGGUCAUGCAGCAAGGAAACUCGCAUACCUAAUCAGAUUACCGACCGAUGAGCACCGGCUUAAGGUUGGCGUCAGUUGGCUCGCUAAGUCUGCUGUAGAUACAGUUGCAUCACUUCAGAGUACCCUAACCAAAGUUCUUUCAAGCUCGUGAAACUGUCUUGCAACCACAUUCUUCAUAGUACUUAGUAUCAUACUAUUCUAUGGAAAUGACAAUUGUUCGUUGUUUUGGUCAAUAUGAUGAAUUCUUGUUCCAUAUAGAACAUCAUAUUGUUGUUUUCGGGAGUAAAAUGGCAAUUAGCAGCAAUACUUGCAAA